GCUGUGCUCCGCCUUCGUCAGCCCAGGCAACGCGGAAGGUGCCCGCCUGCUGGAGAAGACGAAGGAAGGGGUCCAAACCAAUACUGGAGAAGCUGAGACUCAAGCUUCCGCUUAGGCUGCCGCUCAUUUCAGCAUCGCGCCCAUCUCAGCACAUCACUGUCACCAGCUGUCUGCAAAACCAGUUCACUGAAACAUUUUCAAGCGUUUUAGCAUUUGGUUGUACAAAGAAUAGAGUGUGUGGCAGCUGCUUGUGAUUACUAGUGGCGCCCUACUGGCCCCCGCAAGCACGUUCGAAGAAGGGCACUUGAAGGAGUGGUUGAUCUGGAAGUUGGUAUUGUUGCUGGCAGUGCCCUUUUGGGAGAAAGGUUCUCGAUUGAAGUGCUUCUUGCAAAGUCAUCUGUUUUUGCAAAAUUGAGCUGGGCUAGCACUGAUAGGCUUCUGCUUCUCGUGGACCCCAACCAGAUUAGGCAAGCAGCAUAAACCAGCGUGUGUCAGCUCUUGUUCCCAGCUACUGGGACAUUACUAGCUCAGACAGGAUUAGACAGUCCUUACUAAGCCGGAGAAGCCCACCAAUGGAGGAGUACGCUGACGCCCCCCAUAUGGCCACGGAGCAGUUUGAGAUUGUUGAUUCAGAGCUAGUAGACGAGCUGCCCGCCCCUCAGAUCGAUUUUAGCGAUGACCCACGUGGCGCUGUAAACAUGCGCGCGAGGUUUGAGGUGCCCAUGGACUUUGACCACUUGUGGACUGUGGUGACCGACCCUGACGAGUUUACGCGCGUGUUCAGCCGGACGUUCAAAGGGUACGACGACCUCGAAGUGCAUGAGGACGACGGCGCAGGUCGGCGCAGUCUGGAGAUGGUGCGCGAGCAGUGGUUUGACAUGAAGGUAUGGCGUGGGUCGGUGUCCACGCACCUGUACCUCGAAGAGGAUCGCUCGGAGGGCCUCAUCGACUUUCGGAUGGGCCGGCCUGGCUUCAUGAAGGUUUUCGAGGGCUCCUGGCAGAUCCACCAAGUAGAGACGCCCACUGGUGUACCGCUAUCGCAGGUGGCUCUUUACCAGACACUCAAGCCGAGCAUCCCCGGCAUCGUGCCUAACAAGGCCUUCUUCAUCCGGCAAUUCACUAAGAAGGUGACGGAGGACAUGGUAUCAGAUCUGCGCGCGGAAGCAGCCCGAACACGGGAAGCUGGGCAUAAAGUCUGCUGACAAGUUGCCGGCCAGGAGCCCAGCUUAGGGCGUUCGUAUAGUUGUAAGUCUAGGCUCGCACGCGAAUUUUGGCCGGGUGCCGCACAAGAUGUACAGAAUCGGAUAGGUUUGAGCACGCGAUAGAUUUGAGCACGCGAUACCACUUGCUACUGUGUACAGUAAAAUGAGUUUUUCUGGACGGACUCGGUUAUUAGUCUGCGCGCAGGAAUGAUAGGAAAGCAAGGGUCGAAAGCGGAAGAAGACGUGGUUUUUUUCCAGGUUCAAAUCUUGCAUUUUGGAGCUGUUAUUGCAGAGGUCCUAAUGCCAUAGUGAGUUUCUUGUCUGCUGACUACUUUUGUCGAGGGGGAAAAGGUGCUAUUGUGAUGGACACGCGUUAGCAAGUUUAGCAUUAGCAAUAAACAUACGGGGUUGUCAGUGAAACUUGGACAAUUGUGUAGCGAAGAUUGGCCAGCGUGAUUGGGCGCGCUUGCCUUAUCCGAGGUUAGCAAUUGACCUGUUUUGAAAUCAUCGAUUCUCUUAAUUUAAUCGAAUGAGGGAAAAGUCGAAAGCAUUCUUUCAUUCAUUCAACUGUGA